CUCCUGCAAUAUCCAUAUGCGCCGGAAAUACGGGCGCUCGAACAGGCGCGCCAGCGCCUCCCAGGCGGGCGACGGGAACGGCGGCAGGCCGAGCCGCUGCAGGGCGUCGGGGCGGGAGAGCUCCGGCGGCUCGUGGCGCUGCUGGCUCUCUGUGCCGCCGAGCCGCUGGACAAGACCGAAGGCCGCGGCCGUGAAACGGUCCUCGGUCCCGAGCCACAUGCACACGGCGGCGGCGUUGUGGUAGACGAACUGCAUCAGCAGGACCUGCGCGGCGCGCUCGCCCGCGUCGGCCUGGUUGAUGCACAGCGCGUCGACCCACAGCCUGAUGGGGUCUGAUCCGGGCGCGGGCCGCAGUUUUAGCAGCGCAUCGCGCAGGCUGGUCGAGAUCAG